UCAUGGAAUGACUUAAAUUUGCUGGCCAUUUGACUUGAACCUUCCCCCAGAAUGAAGUCUAAAACAAUCUCAGAACAAAUCACCCUUAGCUCCGUGGGAGCUCUACUCAACUUUAAGACGUCAUACCUAUAUCAAGGCCGAACGCACAAUGUUGCGUUGACUUGCCUAUUCAUGAGCCAACGCAGACUAACAAAACAGUUGAUUACACCCUAAUCAGCAACUCGAAUUCGACAAUGUCUUGCUGUUUGUUAUUUGGUAACCUGUUGAUAAAUCAGUUGCCCGUUGAGCGCCGUUGACGAUGGCAGGAGUCGCGUGUACUGAGAUCCCAACGUCGAUGAAUAAAGAUUUUUUUACGGACGUGAUUGAAACGAAACUCAAUUCUCGUUCCAAUGAGUUUAGCAUCGAAAAGCUAACGGUAAAACAUGCCACCGAAGCCGGUGAUAAUUAUAUCUCGAAGCUGUAUCGGGUAACAGUUGAUGUUCAGUGUCUGGAUGGAUCCUUCCAACAAGUGCCGCUAAUCGUAAAAACGAAGGCUGAUUUAGGACCAUCGGGAGCGUUUCUUGACAUAUUGGAUGUUUUUACCAAAGAAACAGAAGUUUAUACGAAGCUGCUUCCGGCGUUCGAACAGCUGUAUCGUGAUCAAGGGCAAGAAGUAAGAUUUGGUCCCAAGUGCUUUAAAAGCACUAAAAAGCCAACCGACACAAUAAUACUAGAGGAUUUGAACGAACGGCGUUUUAGGAUGGUAAACAGAAGAGAACAGUUGGAUCAGUCCCACGCCAAAACUUUUCUGAGUAAAAUUGCUCAAUUUCAUGCAGCAUCCGUGGUAUAUCGUGAGAAAAACGGAGCCUUUAGUGCCAUUUUCAACGAGGGAGUUUACAAAGAGCAGUCGGAAAUCGUAUUUCAGGAGCAUGCCAAAACGCAGCAAGAAUCCACUAUCAAAGCGAUUCGGUCGUGGCCGAAUGGGGAUUUCUAUGCUGAGUUAAUGAUCGAUGGGGGACAUCUGAUGUUCCGUGAGCUGAUAGCGGUUACGCAACCCAAUGUUAACGGUUUCAACGUGCUGAAUCAUGGAGACGCGUGGUGCAACAAUAUGAUGUUUCAGUACGAUAACGAUAAUGCCAUUGAAGAUAUGCUACUGGUGGACUUUCAGGUGGGACUUUGGUCAUCGCCUGCAAUCGAUCUGCUGUACUUCAUCAUAUCCUCCGUGAAAGGAGAGGACAAGCUUUCUAAAUUUGACAGCAUGAUUCACUUCUAUCAUCAGAACCUCGUAUCAAACCUUAAACUCCUGGAAUAUUCCGGUCAAGUUCCUACUCUCAAAGAGCUACACUUAGAUUUGAUCGAUCGCAUCUUCUAUGGAUUUGGUACCAGCAUGGGACUGCUGGCCAUUUGUCUAAUGGAAAAGACAGAAGAUGCUUCCAUUGAUACGAUGAUGUCAGAUGGGGAUGCCGGUCGAGCUUUUCGGGACAAAAUGAUGGGUAAUCCUGCUUACACUAAACAAAUGGCAGAGCUGUUGCCAUUUUUCCACAAUCACGGUGCAUUUGAUAUGCGACACAGUGGUUUCCAGACGCCCAGCGGCAUUCAAAGCGACUUUCUAAUGUUACCUGGUUGGUUGCGUAGAGAGUUUUUCCACGACGUCGUCGAAAAGAAACUUCAUCUACGUACGGAUCAGUUUAGCAUACAGAACAUAAAAGUGGAAAUAGCCACAAAAAAUGGAGAAAGUUAUGGUUCAACCAUGUAUCGUGCAAAAUUAAAGGUAGAAAACAAGGUCACUAAUACUGUCGAUACAUUUUCCGUCAUUGUCAAAACCCGCCCGGAUGGAAUGGCCGAUAAGUUUAGUCAACAUCUAGCCACCUUUAGUAAGGAAAUUGAUGUGUACACCAAACUGAUUCCAGCUUUCGAGGAAUUAUACAGACAGAAGGGAGUUCAUGUUGAAAUCGGUCCUCGCUGCUUGAAAACAUGUCAAUCCAUCCCCAGUGAUAUUAUAGUAUUGGAUGACCUCCGUAGUGCCAAUUUUAAACCACCAUCAAGACUAAACGGCUUAAACACGGAGCAGCUAGAAGAAAUAAUCGAUAAACUUGCACAAUUUCAUGCAGCAUCUGCAGUGUACAAGGAACUGAACGGUGAUUUCUCUACUGCGUACAACGAAGGAUUAUUCAAUAGGAACAGCCUGCCUGUAAUGAAGGCCACCUUUUCCCCAGCAUAUGAUGCAUUUCUGGAAGCCGUUGAAACUUUCCCUUUUGCCAAGGAUUGCGUUGAAAAAUUCCGUAACCUGCGACCAGUUGUGUUUAGUAGAAUAUUAGACACGGUCGUCGUCGAUCCAGAUGGUUUCAAUGUCCUCAAUCACGGUGAUUUGUGGUGUAACAAUCUUAUGUUCAGACCCCAUAGCGAUACUAAUCGUUGUGAAGGAAUGCUUUUCGAUUUCCAAGUGUGCUUUUACGGGUCUCCGAUGCUCGAUUUUAAUUUUCUCCUCUUCAGUUCAGCGGCGAAAGACAUUAAGGUUUCCAAACUGAAUUACUUCAUUCGCUUCUAUCACGAAAAACUGGUGUCAUAUUUGACGCUGCUGAACUAUGGCAAGCGACUUCCAACUUUAAAGCAGCUGCAGUUUGAUUUCAACGAUCGAAUAGUUUAUGGUGCAACAACUAUUUUUGGAGCAAUGGCCAUUGCCCUAAUGGAACCAUCCGAGGAUGCAAGUAUCGAGAUGCUUCACCUGGAUAAUGAAGCAGGAAAACGGUCACGGCAACACAUGUAUACCAACGAGCGUUACGUCAAGACGAUGGAAAUUGUUCUACCAUAUCUAGUUCAAAGAGGCGCUUUUGAUUUUGGAGCAGAAGUGUGCAAUAUUGCACGGAUGAGGAAAUAGUCAGUGUGUUAUUUUUUGUAAAUGGUGAUGGUAACUCGUGUUAUCGACUGGAAUUCGAGUGUUCAAAGAUGCGAAAUCUUAAUUCGUAUCUUUUAUUAGUAUUUGAGUGUUUAGUAUGGGCUAUGGGGUUGUCACUGUGAUCAACAUCAAUCAAACCGUAUAUUUUAUAUUAUUUUGGAUGUAUCGUUAUUAUGUCCGUGAAAGGUAAAUCAGAGUGCUAAGAAAAAACAGAACAGUAUUAACAUAAUACCGAUUUGAACUGUUUUUUUUUUUAACUUUUCAAGGCCCUGGAUAUGUGCAUACUAACAGAGUAAGUUUCUCUUGCAAUAAUGAAUACAAAUUAACGCGUGGAAUUUGAUAACGUACAUGCAGACAGAAACAGGUUUGGAUAAUUGAUGAACGUGAUUGUUUAAUUAUACUCAACUUCGCUCAUGGCUGCGGAUAUCUCAAAAAUCCUCUUUCCCACAUAAAUGGGAUCAGCUUGUCGAGCGCUUGCACGUAAUUACUACUGGAAUACGCCUUCUUUCUAUACUCAACAGCUUCUGGUUCAUUCGACAUUACCAUUUCCAUAUUUACUUCAGUUCCCUGCAUAGCCAACAAUAACGCUAAGGUUUCCAUCGCUAGCACACAUGCCAAGAGUCCAUGCUCUGUAAUAUCG